CAACACUACGCAGGCGCCAAGCUCACUCGUUUCCAUGGCAACGAGGACCCACGCGCCUCAACGGCUUAGCAACUGUCCUGUCCCAAGACUUCGAUCCCGCCGCUGGAGUCUGUCCACCCCUCAGUGUUUUCAGUUUCCCCCAUUCUGACUGCUGCUACCUGAAGCCAAGCGAAUCCUGGCCCCUGGCAUGGGUGACCUGGAGCUGCUGCUGCCUGGGGAGGCUGAUGUGCUGGUGCGGGGCCUGCGCAGCUUCCAGCUGCGGGAGAUGGGAUCUGAAGGGUGGAGCAGGCAACACGAGAGUCUGGAGAAACUGAACAUGCAAGCCAUCAUUGAUGCCACUGUCAGCCACGGAGAGCCCAUCCAGGAGCUGCUGGUCACCCAUGGGAAGAUCCCAACGCUGGUGGAGGAGCUGAUUGCUGUGGAGAUGUGGAAACAGAAGGUGUUCCCAGUGCUGUGCCAGCUGGAGGACUUCAAGCCCCAGAACACCUUCCCCAUAUACAUGGUGGUACACCACGAGGCUUCCAUCAUCAAUCUUCUAGAGACAGUGUUCUUCCACAAGGAAGUGUGUGAGUCAGCAGAUGACAAGGUCUUGGACCUAGUGGACUAUUGCCACCGCAAGCUGAUACUGCUGGUGGCACGGACUGGCCGGGGUGACCCAUCUGAUGAGGAACAGUCCCAGGACAGCACCCCUAUGCAAGAGCUGCAGAAACAGGCAGAGACGAUGGAAUUUGAGAUCUCACUGAAAGCCCUGUCAGUGCUCCGCUACAUCACGGAUUGUGUGGACAGCCUUUCUCUGAGUACCUUGAACCGCAUGCUCUGUACUCACAACUUGCCCUGCCUCCUGGUGGAACUGCUGGAACACAGCCCCUGGAGCCGACGACUGGAAGGAGGCAAGCUGCAGCAGUUUGAGAGUGGCCGCUGGCAGACAGUGGCCCCCUCAGAGCACGAAAAGCUGAACAAGCUGAAUGGGCAAGUGUGGAUCGCUCUGUACAACCUACUUCUCAGCCCUGAGGCCCGAGCCCGCUACUGCCUGACAAGCUUUGCCAAGGGACAGCUGCUUAAGCUUCAGGCCUUCCUCACUGACACACUUCUUGACCAACUGCCCAACCUUGCUGAUCUGAAGGGUUUCCUGGCCCACCUGGCCCUGGUCGAAACCCAGGCCCCUAAGAAGGACCUAGUGUUGGAACAGAUCCCAGAAAUCUGGGAUCGGCUGGAGCGAGAGAACAAAGGCAGAUGGCAGGCUAUUGCCAAGCACCAGCUGCAGCAUGUGUUCAGCCCCUCAGAAAAGGAUCUUCGUCUACAGGCACAGAGGUGGGCUGAAACCUACAGGCUGGAUGUCCUAGAGGCCAUAGCUCCAGAGAGGCCCCGCUGUGCCUACUGUAACGCAGAGGCCUCCAAGCGCUGCUCCAGAUGCCAAAAUAUGUGGUAUUGCUGCAGGGAGUGUCAAGUCAAGCACUGGGAAAAGCACGGAAAGACGUGCGUUCUAGCAGCCCAAGGUGACAGAGCCAAGUGAAGACUCGUCGCUGCUGAGGGCCGAUGCAAGAGCGCACCCAGAAUGUGACUCUGAGCCCCAGGAACUCUGCCUGCCCCACGUCAGACCUCAAUUCCCUUGGUGAGGAACACAGCUGAGUCAAGCAGAGCUGCAAACCACCACCACAGGACACACACACACACACAAGCAAAGCCUCUUUACUUCCUGCCCCACCCAGCGAAUACGUAGAGGACCAGGCCGCAGCAUCAGCAAACUGGCAGACAAGG